UUCUGACCGCAUCUUUGUCUAGCAGAAGCAACCCUGCUCAAGACAGAAACGAGCUCUCCUCCUGCCUUUCUCUCCUCUCUGCGAAUCACACAAUUAAACACCAUGUGCAAAGGACUUGCAGGUCUGCCGGCUUCCUGCCUGAGGAGUGCAAAGGAUAUGAAACAUCGGCUGGGGUUCCUGCUGCAGAAGUCUGACUCCUGUGAGCACAGCUCUUCACACAGCAAGAAGGACAAAGUAGUCACAUGCCAGAGGGUGAGCCAAGAAGAAGUCAAAAAAUGGGCUGAAUCAUUGGAAAACCUGAUUACCCAUGAAUGUGGACUGGCAGCUUUCAAAGCUUUCCUGAAAUCAGAAUACAGUGAAGAGAAUAUUGACUUCUGGAUCAGCUGUGAGGAGUACAAGAAAAUCAAGUCACCUUCGAAAUUAAGCCCCAGGGCCAAGAAGAUCUACAAUGAGUUCAUCUCAGUGCAAGCAACAAAAGAGGUGAACCUAGAUUCUUGCACCAGGGAGGAGACGAGCCGGAACAUGUUAGCACCCACGAUCACCUGUUUUGACGAAGCCCAGAAGAAGAUUUUCAACCUGAUGGAAAAGGAUUCAUACCGUCGCUUCCUCAAGUCUCGAUUCUAUCUCGACUUGGUCAGUCCUUCCAGCUGCGGGGCAGAGAAGCAGAAAACACCCAAGAGUUCCUCAGACUGUGCCUCCCUGCUGCCUCAGUGUGCCUAAUUCUCACCAGAGGCAGAAAGCAGAAAUGCCAAGACUCUAUGCUCUGGAAAAUCUGAGGCCAAAUAUUGAUCUCUAUUAAGCAUCAAUGCUUUCUCCACGUUGUAGCCUAGUGUCCAUGCUGCCUGUUGUGUGAGUCACUUCCAUGUAAAACUAGAUUUAGUUGUGGGUGUCGGGGUUUUCCUUGGGGUAUGAUCCAAUUCAUUUCAAAUUUCCCCCAAGUUUCCUUAAGGGUGUCACGUGAGCAAGUCUCCAAAUAAUGUCCCUGUAGGCCUGGAUUUUCAAAGAUUGCUGGCAGGGCUCUCCUUCCAGCAGUUUGAUCUCAAGUCAAAUGGUUGGUCCACAUCCUUGACAACACACGCACAUGCAACAGCAGCCAGCAGCACUUCCUACAGACUCCCGAUGUGUAGGUGAGAUUGAUGUGUGUGUAUGUGUAUAUAUUAAAUAUAUCUAAUAUACGCAUAUGCAUUUUGUAUAUAUUGUAUCUAUGUAUUCAAAUAUGCUUGUGAAUGUACAUUCACAUGUGCACACACAUUUCCACAAGACUAGAUGGGAAAGACCCUAGGUGCUCAAAUUGGAGUAUGCACGCAUGCUUACGCGCAUGUUCUGAUCUCUGGUCCUUCAUAAUGUGUUUGAACAGGGCAAACUAAAUUAACUGCCAGGCAGGCUAAGAAAGGAACACUAGCUUGUGGAAAACAAGCUCUGUAGAACCAUCAGGUCUUGAUGCUAAGCACUGACGACACACUGAGCCCUAAGCUAAGGGGCAAACGCUCUGAAAACUCUGCUGGCUGACACAGAACUGCCUUGCACCAGUGGUCACGACUGGCACUUUUAGGUCCCUAUGUUGAUGACUUCCCUCCUUUGCCUGGGUGCUCAGGGCAUGCCAAUUUAGCUGCUGGAUUGGUCUGGUUGGGAGAUGGGAUAUUUGAGCCCAAUGAAGGAAAGUGGCCCAGGCCCUGCCGACUAGCCCGCUCACAGGCCACUGGCCAUGUGAGGUCAGAGGACCUAAAGACUGUCCUGCUUCUUUCCUCUCUUGAUAAGGUGCUCUUCUGUUCCCAUCCCAAAAAGCUUCAGCCCUCAGAUGAGCCUCCUUAAUUCGCUGUGGUGGGUGGUUCACUUUGAGAACCGUGGCCUGGCUCGAGGCUACAUGCCUACAUUUGUAAAGCCUCACCACGGGGAAGGCCUUGUUUUGUAAGGAGGAUGUAAGUUCUCACACACUGAAAAGCCCUCCUUGCUUUUCUUGCUUUGACCGACGGAAGGAGAGAGGAAAGAAAAAGAAGAAAGAUGUCAGGAUAUCAGUUGGUAGCACUACUGUUUGGAGCUUUACAAGGCACAUGAAAUACUUGAAAAUUUCUCAUUUGUGUUAUUUAUGAAGUUGUUUUGUACAAUGUUUAUAUUACUGUAUUGUUUUAUAAGUGGAAGUACAGGUUAUUACCCGAAUUACUAAUGGAUGCCCCGGAAGUAAUUUUCUUCUCAUUCUUCUAAAACUACUGUCUUCGAGAGCACACGCAUACUCAUGCGCACACUGUACCCAUUGCUCUAGUCUCGGUCACAUGCACGGGCACCUAUGUGGGUAGUAAGCCACUGUACUGGGCUGCGAAAUGAAGACACUGGAGAAGUGUGUGUCCAAGUCUCAUUGUAUUGAAGAAAUUGGUUUUCUCACUGUUUCCUGUUGUCUCUUUGACAGUCUUGUUUGUCCCUAGAGCUCCCCAUCAGUGUUCCCCACCCCCUCUUUUGUUAUACACAGUUCCACGAUCUUGUUUGUACAAUUUUCUGAUCUUGCCCUAAUGUUUUCAUAACUUGAGAUUGUACCUGUACUCACAGACUGCUGCCUCACAAAUAGGUCUGGAAAGUCAUUCUGAAUGAGAAGUAAAUUAUUUUCUGUAAUACAUUUUGAGUGUGUUUUCAGUUGUAUUUCCAUCGCUCUUUGAUAUGGUGAGCCUGCCUGCUGCUGGUCCACACACAGACUACUUCUUCCGUAUGCAUGCCUGUUUCUAUCAUGUGCUUUCUGGGCCUCGAUGCUGAUGCUGCCAAUGAAACACACAUAACAAGAGUAAAUAAAUG